AUGAAAACCUACAAGAUUUUGGUUUUGGGAAAGCUGAAUAAUCUUGUGAAGGAAUGGAUAAAAGACAUCAGUGUAAACAAGAAUCUUCCACAAUCAAUUAUUGAAAAUGUUGGAGGAAAAAUUUUCACUUUUGGUUCAUACAGGCUUGGAGUUCAUACAAAAGGUGCUGACAUUGAUGCGUUGUGUGUGGCACCAAGACAUAUAGAGAGAGCGGAUUUCUUUACAUCCUUCUAUGAAAAGCUUAAAAAUCAGGAGGAGGUUAAAGACUUGAGGGCAGUUGAAGAUGCUUUUGUUCCUGUUAUCAAGUUGGUGUUUGAUGGAAUAGAGAUUGACAUCCUGUUUGCAAGAUUAGCACUUCAGACAAUUCCUGAGGAUCUGGAUCUUCGAGAUGAUGGCUUGCUUAAAAAUUUAGACAUAAGAUGUAUUCGAAGUCUUAAUGGUUGCAGAGUCACUGAUGAAAUCCUUCAUCUAGUACCACAAAUAGACAGCUUCAGGUUAACACUCCGGGCAAUCAAGUUGUGGGCCAAACGUCAUAAUAUCUAUUCCAAUAUACUAGGUUUUCUUGGCGGUGUGUCAUGGGCUAUGUUAGUAGCAAGAACUUGCCAACUUUAUCCCAACGCUAUAGCAUCAACUCUUGUGCAUAAAUUUUUCUUGGUAUUUUCUAAAUGGGAGUGGGUAGUUAAAUUAGUAAAUCCAAGUGACAGGUACCAUCUGAUGCCGAUUAUCACGCCAGCGUAUCCACAACAGAACUCUACGUAUAAUGUCUCCAUUUCUACACGAAUGGUUAUGGUUGAAGAGUUUAAGAGAGGACUUGCCAUUACAGAUGAAAUUUUACAGAAUAAAGCAGAAUGGUCCAAACUGUUUGAUGCACCAAAUUUUUUUCAAAAGUACAAGCAUUAUAUUGUGCUUAUUGCAAGUGCACCAACUGUAAAGCAGCACCUGGAGUGGGUGAGUACCAAAUUGUCAACCUUACAUGAUUGCAGCUAUGAUAUGAAUAUGGUGAGGAGAAUAAGGCGGGAGAUUAUUGGAGACAUUGAGUAUGUUAAUAAGGAUGAAUUGAUACCAUCGAAUAGGUAUAGAAAGAAAGUAACCCCUGGUCCCACCACUCAUGGUGAUAAGAUGUGUUAUGUCAUCAAAUAUACUAACGAAAUAGAAAGUAUUAGGCAAGUAAUAAGGAAGAACUGGAAUGUUCUCACAGUGAACAAACAAAUCAGAGAUGUGGAGGAGUUCAAAACAAUGUGGGUAAUAGGACUCGUGUUUAAGAAAAUGGACAGCUCUGAAAAUCUGAGCGUUGACCUUACAUAUGAUAUUCAGUCUUUCACUGAUACAGUAUACAGACAGGCAAUAAACAGCAAGAUGUUUGAGUCAGAUAUGAAAAUUGCAGCAGUGCAUGUAAAAAGGAAACAGCUUCAUCUGCAUUUGCCUAGCCAUGUCCUUCAGAAAAAGAAAAAGCAUUCAUCUGAAGGGCUCAGGUCACCAACUGAAAAUGGCAUAGACCUGUCUCUAGACAGUGAUAACAGUAUGUCUGUGCCCUCUCCUACCACAGCCGCCAAAGCCAGUCCUUUAAUCAGUUCAGGAAGCCCCCAGGGCAGAAGCAGUCCUGCUCUUCCUUCACCAGUUGGGCCUUUAUUCAGCACACCUAUUAGUGAAGCUUCUCCUGGGGUAACACAGGACAAUUCCAGUUUCAGCUCUAGUGGGACACCAGGUGAAAGUAUUCCUCCAUUACAGCUUAGGAGUACCCCAUCACCGAAACCUCAACUUAAUAGAGUAGUAUCCUCUACUCGCAUUAUAAACCAGCCAGCUAAACCUGCUGGAAGCAUCACAGGAACAACCCCUAGUCCCACAGGUGUCAAAAGAUCGCCUUCUCCGUAUGUGGAUGAAACACCCAAGAAGUCAAAGUACGAGGAAGAAAACUCAUUAAAUGGGUCCACAGAAGGUGCUAGAGUAGUGCCUACCACACCUUCAGUAGAUGAGGAGUCCCUGACGAUGGCAAACACAGAACUUGAUCCUCAAGAAAACCUCAGUCCUUCAGUAACUGCUGUUGUGCCAGCUUCCCAAACAAACGCUGACCUCUCUGAUGUCCCUUCUCUUCCUGCAAACCCUGUUCCAGUUGUCAAGAACUCAAUAAAGCUAAGGCUAAGCCGGUAGAAUAGUAAUCUCAGGGGGUCAACAAAAUAGUAUCGUAUUAUUGGAGUCCAUCAUCUUUUAGUACAGAUGAAGAAAAAGAACAACACUUGGACUGGACUGAACAAAGAUGUAGAUAUAUUUUUUGUACCUUCAGUAGGAGACUGUAUCACUUCUUAAUUAGAAGUCCAGAUUUGUUGUCACAGAAUCUCGGGCGAUGGCGAAGAAACAGGAGAACCACUAAUAUGAUAGCAACAGUGAACUCAAAUCUAUUUAUUUCAUUGGGUUAAUUACCUUUUAAAACUAAAAGGCUGAAAGAUGCAUAUUGUUUGGCAUUUCAAGUAUCUGUUUUUGAUGGUUACUGUAGCUGAUGGUAAAUGUGCAAUGAAAGAAUCUGAGCAACGUUAAAAGGCUAAGCACACCUGCUGAUAAGCAUUCUUUCCAUUUUGGCAGAUUGUGUUUGUUUUCCUAUACAGCAGAUGGAUUUUUUUCUUUCCCCGGAACAGGCUUUGUGCAGGUUAUGUUGUACUUAACUCUUCCAGUUGGAAUAAAAAGCUGUUGAGAUUGCAGUCUGUCUUGGAAGGGAAGCAAGUGUUAAGGUAAGUAUGGUAAUUCACAAAGGUGCUCUUAAGUUGUAAGAUGCAGUUUAAGAAGUUGUAAAAUGGUGACAUUGUACAUUUUAAUGAGGGUUAUAAUUAGGCAGGUAUGUGGACCACACAGUUUUAAUUGAUUUCUUGAACUGUUUUAUAAUGUACAGAUCAGCUAGUGCAAAACAAAUGUGUUUUACGUUAGCUGAUCAGGGCUUUUCGCAAAGUACCCUUUUUAUAUGUAAAUACAAGUUUGUAUUUUUGUUACAGGUCAGAUAGUUAACGAAGAAAAAGUUUAUUUGGCAAACCAUUUCAUUACUACGUUUUAACCAUGUAUCAGAUGUUUUAAGUUGUACACGCAUUUUAAUAAUGUAGGCCAAAAUUGAAAUUAGCUGACAAUGAAUUUCAGAAAUCAACAUCCAGUAUAGUGAGUGAAGUAACCCAUACUUUGAGUGGAAAAGCACCCAUUAUUGCCUUUGAAUAGCUGUAUGUUUAGCAACAUCCUCUCUGGAAAUUGGUACGGAAGCAUCCUUUGGCUUAGAAAAUACCAAUUUGAAAAUGGUAAUAUAUAACAUAGUUAAUGUAACAGUCAAAUGUGCAGGUCUCACUUUACAGGGUGCACACUUUGCUCAUAAUUACUCACUAUAUUAACCAAAAUCCCAGACUUGAUGUAUAGACCAUCUCUUAUGCCAUCUUAAUUUCUGUAAUUGUGAUUACCUACCCACCCCUCUCUUUUUUUUGGAAGGCCCAGCUCAGCAUUACUAUGCAUCUGGCUUCUUGCUGCAAUCUGUAAGGAAUUUGGAGCUUUGAUGUCUUAGCGGAUAGAUUGGUCGCUUUCAGUUUUUACUUUGUUUUUUAGGUUAAAUGAUUGAUAUUUUUCUAAGUAGCAACACCCUGGUCAUCACAAUGUGUUUUACAUUUCAAAAUGAAAAAAAAAAAAAACAUCAAGAAGUUUUUGUCAGUGAAUUAUGUAUUAAUUUUUUUGUGUCACCAAGAUUUUGUCCCAUUAAUUUUUUUUUUUUUUUUUAAUAAAUAAACUUAGUGACAUUUGAGUUUAACCUGGAAAAUCAAACUGUUGCUUUCGCAUGAUGUACGUAGUGUGUCAUGACUGGAGUUCAGAGUUCACUUUGUUUUCUAGUUGCCGUACUUGUAUUUUUCAAGAUCUAUUUUGUAAUAGAUAAUGUAAUUCAACACUGAAGACACAAUAAUAAUAAUAAUAAAAAAAAAAAACAAAAAGAGUGGCACAAAAACUGCCAUGGGACUUUCAUAUAAUUUCAUUUAAUUCCAGUGUUAUAUUUGUUCUUUGUGCCCAUAAAGACAAAAAAAAUUACCUACUGUUACUGUAGCUGAUGCGCUCUUUCAGGUUUUUAAGAGAAGUCUCGUUUUCUGCUUUUAAACUCAUGAAUUAAAUUGUUUUUAUUGUUAAGA